AUGUCAGCUCCCACAGAACAAGUCAUCGCGGAGCUUGGUAGCCUUCUCAAUCAACUUGCUCACUUCCUCAAUGAGAAUGAGAAAUACCUAUCGCCUGACAAAUACAAACUUUGUUACCAUUCUCUCCCGGCCUUAGAGAAGUCAACCUUGAGCAAAAUUGUUGCAAUUUUGCAUAACGGAGAGCAGAAUGGAUCGAUGGAUGACAGACAGGAUUUGUGUGGUUCGCACAACCAUGGUGACACAUCUAGCGGCUUGACAGAUUCUUCUAAAGAUGCGGGAGGAUUUGGAAGCAUGACAUAUCCUUCUAACAAUGCCGAAGGCUCAUUUGGAAACCAGACAGAUUUUUCUAACGAUGCCGGAGGCUCAUUUGGAAACCAGACAGAUUCUUCUAACGAUGCGGGCUCAUUUGGCAGCCUGACAUAUCCUUCUAACAAUGAAAAACUCUCUAGCAAUGCACACUCAUCUGGAGGCGUGAAGGAUCCUUUCAUUGCGAGGAACGUUUAUAAAGUCUUCAAGGUAUCGGUCGCCAACAUACCCGGCUCACUGCAGAAAGUCUUUGAGCAAUGGACAAAGAACCAUGAAACCUUCUUUGAAAACCAACCACUUGAGGGCCAACCGCAAAACGUCCCCAAGGCACCAGGUUGGGGUGCAUUGUUUCACAAGAUUCAGCAGGGUGAAAUGAAUGCGGAUGUUCUCAAGAUUCGCCGACGAUUCGACCUAUACCAUUUCUUCCAGUUGAUCCAAAACUGUGGAUACCAUGAUGGCAGCAGAUGGGUGUAUCGUGCACGAAAUACACUGGCCAAAAAGGUCAAAAAGCAGUCUCCAUCGCUUCAACUGGCAGUCAUUUACAGCCAGCUUGAUCUCUGGGCAGUGCUAGGUCGUGGAUAUGAUGAAUGGGUUAUGGAGUUUAAUGAGCCAGGUUGUCUACUUCUGUUGCCACUCAGCGUCUCAGAAACUGAGUACACCGAAAGACGGUACCGUAAAUAUAAAAAAUCCGCCGCACAACAUCUCAUCAAGAUCGGUUUUCAAAAUGUCAUGCGCGAGUGGAACCUCCAUGCACUUGGGGACAGUAUUGUCCAGGGGCUAAAAAAGAGACAUGUGUCCCUAGUGGAAGAUGCUUUCAUUGCCCCGAGGGUCCCUAAGAGGCACAGACAGAGUGACGAAUCAAGUGCAAAAAGGCCAUGCCCCGGCUUGAGAGCAGAGAUUUCCGAAGAACAUCAGUCCGACACAAUUAACGAGUGCCACAUGUCAAUGCAACUUCUCAUGGCAGCGGUAACGGUAGCUUCAACUCACGACAGCGCAAAACAGCAGAAUAUUGAUACAGUGCACCAGCCCCAUUCUCCACCUGCUGCUCAUGGCUUUACAUCGUCGUCUGUUCAAUUACUCGAUCGUACGGCGAAUUCGAGUAUCACAGAGGCUCUAUCGAUCCCAGCUGGAAACCCACAAAAAGGUUCCAACACAGCAGUUGAUGGCCACCAAUAUAUCGCACGGAAUCGCGCUAACAGCGAUCCACCGCCGUUCAACGUCGAAGAGAUAAGCAAGACAUGA